AUGAAGGAAAUAAAAAACCUUACCGGGCUUACUGUUGAGAAAGUCGUCACCGGGAGGUCCGACAACUACUUCGACUGUUCCCUAGGCAAGUUUUUUAUGAACAUUGGCCUUAGCUUCGUCCAAGAGUUUGUUCAAAACGACUUGAUCAAACAACAAAAUAAGAAAUUGCACAGAGAGAAAAAGGCCGGGCACAACACUAGAGCAACCGAGACGUCGAUCGCGUCGCUGAGGAAGAACUUGGAGUUGAGCAAAGAGAACAACGCCCCCUACCGGUGGGAGCAAAAGAAGUGCGAGUUUUGUAGUUUCAAAUCGGAUUCCCUGUUGGUGAUGGCGCACCACCUAGAGACGCCCCACAUGAGAAACAACCUUUACAAGUGUAACUAUUGCGCAUUCGCGAUCCGAAGCCCCCACGAUAUUCUGUAUCACAUGGAGGCGGAGCACAACGUCAGGGGCAAGCUGGAGAGGGCGCCGGCGUACCACCAGUGCGCCAAUUGCCCCUUCGAGGAUAACGGCAAGGGAAAACUGGCGCGCCACCUCAUACCGUGCUCCAAGAAAUUCAAGCCCGAGGCCAACCUGGCGCCGCCCAUUGAUUGGGAGCCCCCCGCUAAGAUACCAAAGAUGACCCGGACGCGGAGCAGCAUGAUGAGCUCGUACCAGGGCGCGGCGCAGCGGGGCGCGGCAGGCGCGGGCGGCGCGGCGCUCGCGGGCCGGGCGGGGGGCGCCCUCAGCGGCGUCACCGUAACGGCGGGCGGAGGGGCGGGCGCGGGCGCGGCCUACAGGGCCCGCGGGCGGUCGCCACUCGCGGCGCCCUCGCGCGGCCCCCCCGCACUCGGCGGGCCGCUGCUGCGGGGCGGCGUGAUGAUUCGCCACGCCGCGCCGGCACCCGUUCUCGUGCCAGCCAACUUCCCGAUCACGAGCAACGGGAAGAGCCUGGUUUUUGGGAAAUCGAUGCAUCAGCCAUCGAUCUCGAUCACGCCCCUGCCGAGGCAGCCGCUUCCCACUCAGCCGCAGCCGGCCCAUCAGGGCAAGAGCACGUUCGUCAUCUGCGAGAUCUGCGACGGCUACAUCAAGGAUCUGGAGCAGUUGCGGAAUCACAUGCAAUGGAUACACAAAGUCAAGAUACACCCCAAGAUGAUUUACAACAGGCCUCCAUUGAAUUGUCAGAAGUGCCAAUGCAGAUUCUUCACUGACCAAGGUCUGGAAAGGCAUCUCCUAGGGUCGCACGGGCUGGUCACGAGUUCCAUGCAGGAAGCAGCGAACAAGGGGAAGGACGAGGGCAGGUGCCCCGUAUGUGGACGGGUGUACCAAUGGAAACUCCUGAACCACGUAGCCCGCGACCACAAUCUCACUCUGAAGCCGGCCCAUCUGUCGUACAAGUGCACCGUGUGCACAGCGACCUUCGGGAUGUACAAGCAGUUCGAGAACCACGUGUACUCUGCGCACAGUGUGGUUGCGAAACGCGUGAUGGAGAAGAGCAAGAUGGCGGCGGCGGGGGCGGGGGCGGCGGCCAAGGCGGGCGGCGGCGCGCUCCUCACGCCGCUCAAGAUCAACGACGAGAUCACCAUAAUACCCCAGCCGAUCAAGCCGGCCAUGACAUAUAACAAA